UUCAGCUCUCUCUCUUUCUAACGGUCACAUCUCUCUCUCUCUCUCUCUCUCUCUCUCUCUAUCUGUUUUCCCCGGCAAAGUUGAAAGAGCGGUAUGGAACCGGCAAAGAUCGACUGGAAGAACGUACAGUGGGUGUUCGUCGAGGACGAAUUGUACGAGCACAUCAAUGCCCCCAAGUGGUUCGAUUUCUCUGCCCCCCAAGAAGACGAUCCUGCCGACACCGACGUCGCCUGGUUCUGUCGCCCCGACUGCAAUCAUCCCACCACAGCUGAAGAUUUCCUCAACUCAACUCCCAAGUCUUCUUCUAACAAGAAAUCAGCCAAUGCCUAUAAGACCCUUCUGCUGGGUGAUAGGAAUCAGAGAGAUUUGAGUACCAGGAGAAGGGGGCUCGCACAUUCUCCAACACAAUCAAGCAACUGUGUCCACAGAUCUGAAGACAGUGAAAAUCAAAACCCAAAUCUCUCCACCCCUGUAAAUCAGCACAUCAGGUCCUUAAAGGCAGCUAUUAAAUCGAGCAGCGAAAAGAAGAAACCUUUUGAUGAGCCGCCACGGGCCAAUGAGGCACCCAGGUUGAAGAGCACGCUCUCAGCAAGGAACCUAUUCGCAGGGCGCAACAUCCUCAAUCAUAUUACCGAGUUUGUCGGUGAGCUGAAGAAAUUGGCUUUGAGAGCCAGGGAAAGAGAAGAGAACGUGGAGAAGCUAAACGUUGAGAAUGAUAGAGCUGAUUUGGAGGAGGGCACUGCUGAGCUGCUCCUGGAAGGGAUGACAGGUGAGGAGAAGGAGAAGGAAAAGGAGAGGAAGCCAUUGCUUGAAGUAGGUAAGGGAAGAUCUGAUGGAUCAGAACUGAGCAUUUCCAAGGAGAAGCAAAGAAGAGUUGUCGAAGCUGAAAAUAUUCCAAUCUCUCUAGACAUGGAGAAUGUGAGGCCCAAAGGCGAGAAUAUUCUCUCGCAAAUACGAACUUCUCCUCCCACUCCUCAAUGCUUCUCUUCUACUAGCAGAACCACCAAAAAGACUCUUCCUAAAGAAACCAGAUCACGGCUCAUGGAGAGGCAAAUACUUAAAGAAGUGAAGCAAACCUCAGAAGAAGCAGCGGAUAAAGGGCGUUCCUCUAAUUUCGGUGGAAAAGAAGCAAAGGUGCUGGAUUUGUUUUGGAUAUUGAAGCCUUGCACUCCCUCCAGCUGAAACAGUUAUCACUGUCCUUGCAAGAAUAGAAAUGUUGAAUAACCUAGAAACUGGAAGUGCUUCAUACAGAGGAUGAAGAGAAGCUAUUAACUUACAGAAUUCUCAACUAUUGUCAUUCUUUCAUUCAUUUGUAGAACCCCACCAUCCUGGAUUACUUGUUCCUUGAUCCUUUGCUGUUGAUAGAGAUAUUCUUAGAAUCUGUUUUAGGGUUGUACACAGGCUACGGCAUUUGAUAGAUAAUAAAGUCCCGAUAUUUCUUA